AUGGCUGCCCUUCACGGCGAGCAUGACGGCCCGUCACCUGGUGGGCCACAUCCACCAGCUGGUCUAUCUUCCAUGGCACCCGACGGCUCGCCUCCCACACUCACAACCAAACCGCGACGGCUUAGCCCUGGAGAUAUCUCAGGGAUAGCCAUUACAGCAGUCAUACUCGCUGUUGGGUUUGGAGUAUAUCUGGUCAUGCUGCGACGUCGUUGCUUGAAACAGCGAGACCAAUUUGCCGGAGAAACGACGAAGUAUCAGACUCAAAGGAGACAUGUCCGGCUAUCAAGUAAGUGGUCUUCGCAACAAAAGAGCACAUUUGAAUCACGCGUUGCAGGCAACGACUGCGCUCAGGCAAGCCCAUCGCCCAUCAUCCUGCCUGUGUACUCGAAAUUCGCGACUGGGAAGGGUGGAGGCAAACCAUCCCUUUUUGGAUUGCACAUGGCAGCAAGCCCUACAACAACGCGAACCCCUUUGAUUACUUUUACCUCUGUCAUCGCGUCAACCGAUCCGCCGCUCUCGGACGGCCAUAUGACUCCCGGAAGCAUAACGCCGACACGCCCUGCUGCAGAGGCGCAGCGAUUGUGGAUACGAUCAAUUUCGGCAAUAGAGGAGCGGGAAGAGGUUUAA